AUGAAAAGCAAGAAAGGUGUUGUAGCCUCCGGCAGUGAGACUGAGGAUGAUGACAGCAUGGACAUCCCCCUGGACCUUUCCUCUUCUGCCGGCUCAGGCAAGAGAAGGAGAAGGGGCAACCUGCCCAAGGAAUCUGUGCAGAUUCUCCGAGAUUGGCUGUAUGAGCACCGGUACAAUGCCUAUCCCUCAGAGCAAGAAAAAGCAUUGCUAUCCCAGCAAACACAUCUAUCUACACUACAGGUCUGUAACUGGUUCAUCAACGCCCGCCGAAGGCUCCUCCCUGACAUGCUGAGAAAGGAUGGCAAAGAUCCAAAUCAGUUCACAAUUUCCCGCCGUGGGGCCAAGAUAUCUGAAGUGAGCUCUGUGGAGUCAGCAAUGGGCAUCAAAAACUUCAUGCCAGCUCUGGAGGAGAGCCCAUUUCAUUCCUGUCCUGCUGGACCAAACCCAGCCCUAGGGAGACCACUGUCCCCUAAGCCGUCAUCUCCAGGAUCAAUCCUGGCUCGUCCAUCAGUGAUCUGUCAUACCACUGUGACUGCAUUGAAAGAUGUGCCUUUUUCUCUGUGUCAGCCAGUUGGUGUGGGACAAAACACAGAUAUACAGCAGAUAGCAGCCAGCAACUUUACAGACACCUCCCUCAUGUACCCAGAGGACACGUGUAAAAUUGGACCAAGCACAACUACACAAAGUGGGCUUUUCAACACUCCUCCCCCUACUCCUCCGGACCUCAACCAGGACUUUAGUGGAUUUCAGCUUCUAGUGGAUGUUGCACUCAAACGGGCUGCAGAAAUGGAGCUUCAGGCAAAACUUACAGCUUAA